CCCGCCACUGCGAUAACCAAGUGCCACAACAGUGGACAACAUGUGAUGACAGCAAAAAAUGAUCAAUCCAUCAUUACAGUCCGAUAUGUGGAAACACUUUUAACUUUACAAAGACGUGACCAGUAUGGUAUAAAUGUACCAAUAAUAUUCUGUAGUAUUAUCCUCCAUUUCCUACAGUUUAGACCUCAUGUGCACACUUGGUCAUCGCUAGUUUUCUGCAUACACACACACACACCGCGGCUCUGCAGUAUGGCGUCUUAGCCACACCCCCUCUUGCUUUGAAAAUACAUCCUAACGUUUGCAACGCCAAUAUGUUUUGAUGUCUUAUCUCUAAUAGAAUUUUUCUGCUAAUUGCUGCCUCAGAACAUUCCUUAAAUACGUAAGUAUCUGUGUGGAAAAAUAACUUUGUUGUUAAAAAUCCAACUUUUUAUUGUAAACAGGAGGAUGAUGUCAGAUUUAUUGUAGAGAAUUCCUAUUAUAGUUUUACCACAGCAUUGGUGCUUGACCACAUGACACGGAAUAAAGUAGGGAAGUUUGCUUGACUAUAGACUAGAUAUGAUGAUAAAAUUGUUUAGAAUUUUAAUUUAACGUAGCAUUUAGUGGUUGCACUUUACAGUAAGGGUCCCUUUGUUAAUGUUUGUUGGUACAUUUACUAAUUAUCCACAGUUGUCUUACCUUAAACAACCAUUCUCUGUGUAUUUAGGUGUGUAGUUUUAAGGUUGGCUUAUCAGACUUUUUGUUUCUUCCUUGUCUCUCAAUUUUUAUGUUUGGUGUUUUAAAAUUUUGGUUUACACUUUCAAGCUUCACCUGCUGCAUUUUGGGUCAUACUCCCACAGUAUAUAACAACCAUUCACCAGAUGAACUAACCAUAAUUCCCGUCUGUGCUUGAUUUUACCAGAAAAAAAGGAAGACAUUCUUAACUCUGUUCUUCCUCUGUUACGCAGCUUCUGCAGCUAAACACUCUCUGAAAUACUUCAUUACUGGUACUGCUGGAACAACAAACUUUCCAGAGUUUGUGGGUUUAUUAAUGAUGGAUGAAGUUCAGAUUGGUUACUACGACAGCAACAUAAAGAAAGCAGAACCCAAACAGAACUGGAUGAGACAACUGUUCAAACUACAACCCCAACUCGGAGUGUUUCUUUCCCAGACAUGCAUUUACAAUCAUCAACUCUUUGAGGCCAACAAGAAUUUUGUCAAGCAGCGCUUAAACCAAACUGAAGGUUCUCAUGUUCUUCAAACCCUGAACGGCUGUGAGUGGGACGAUGAAAGCAAUGAAACCAAAGCCUUCGAUCAGUACGGAUAUGAUGGAGAAGACCUCAUCUCUCUAGACCUUCAGACCAUGACAUGGAUUACUCCUAAAGCACAGGCUGUUGUCAUCAAAUAUUUGUGGGAUGCAGAUAAACCGAGAUUAGACCGCAAUAAAAACGCAUACAUGUCACUGUGUCCUGGAUACUUGAAGGACUUAUUGCAUUAUAGGAGUAUUUUUGGGCAGAAAACAGAGCGUCCUUCAGUGUCUCUCCUCCAGAAGACUCCCUCCUCUCUGGUCAGCUGUCAUGCUACUGGAUUUUAUCCUGACAGAGCUGAUCUGUUCUGGAGGAAAGAUGGAGAGGAGAUUCAUGAGGGAGUGGAGAAGGGAGAGAUCCUCCCCAACAAUGAUGGAACCUUCCAGAUGAGCUCUGAGCUGAGUGUUUCAUCAGUCAAACAAGAGGACUGGAGGAGGUAUGACUGUGUGUUCCAGCUUUCUGGAGUAAAGGAAGACAUCAUCAUCACACUGAACAAAGCAAAGAUCCAGACAAACUGGGUUUCUCCUUCAGAGUUUCCAGUUCAUCAUUAUGCAAUUGGAGUUGUUGCUGCAGUGGUUCUGCUCCUGGUGCUCGGUGGAGUCCUCUACUGGUGGAGAAAGAGAUGGUGAAAAAUAUUGAAUUAACAAAGGAUUUAUUAUUUGCAUUCUCACUUUUAUCCAGGCGCUUUACAUCGGUUAAAACUCAAACUGCUUUGCAAUCUGUUAGAUGCUCAUCAGGGCGGGGCCUUCCACCUCCUUAUACAUGCUAAAUCCCGCCUCCACUUCCUUUCGACCUAUUAGGUCUUAGGUUACAGAAGAGAAUGUGCUAUCGGCUAAAUUAUUGGCUUCUAUCUGGAUAACUUGCACUUCAACUGCUGUGUGACAACUCUAAAAGAGAUUUUGGAGCACAUCUUUAGGGCUGCUGUGAACUUUAAGACAGCGGUCCCCAACCCUCGGGCCGCUGACUGGUACCGGUAUCGGUCUGUGGCUCACUUGGUACCGGGUCAGAGACAGAAAAAAAACCAAAGCGUGCAGGGGGGCGUGCUAGUCCAAUGAUUUUAACAAGUCUAAAGGUUUAAACUUAGCCUUUGUGAUUAAAUUCUCCUUUCACUUCAAAGUAGAUGCUAAUCAAACGCUAACUUUAGCCCUGUCUGAACUUUAAGGUGUAAUGAGUAAAUAACGCAAAAUAAAACGACACAUCCAUCGUAAAAUGGGUAUUUUCUGAAUAUAAUAAUCAUCUUUAUUAUCUGUGUUUGUGAAACAUUGGACUGAAGACUGUCGCCACAUUUCAUUACACAGAGCGGCUCCUGCUGCGUGAGAGCUGAUGUCUCCAGAAAUCCGUUUUUGUCGAGGAAGACUCGGUUUUGUCUGUAAAUAGCAGCUGUUUUUUCUGUGAAGUUGAAGGUCUCGCUUCAGUUUCCUCACUGGUUCUUUUCUGCCUCAGAGAAACGUUUUAAAUGCGUUUUAUUGUUUUGUUUAUGUUAAGUCGGAGCUACGAACUUAGCAAGUAGCCGCUCUCAGUCAAGAGACCAACACGGAUGUAGAGAGCGAUGUCCUAGAGUUUUUCAAAAGAGUCAGUUUGUUGCUCAUUAAAGAUGACUUGUCUUUACAGAUGAUCUGGCAUAAAAAGCAGAUUUAAGCAAAUGAAUAAAAUCCAAAGCAUCGCAAGAAUGAUUUUGUUUAGCUGUGAAUGAUGAUGAUCUGUACAUGAAAGACACAAAAACACUUCCGUUUUUUUAACUUGAAAGAUGAACACAUGAUCAGGAUUGUAUCAACAUUGUUCUGUCUUCAUAAAGGUUAUUUCUAGUAUACAGUACAUUACUAUAGUAUUCUGCUGAGUAGCUUUUUUUAUUAAAAAACAUGUUAUCAUUUCAAUGUUGUACGUGUAUUUAACUAUAAAAAAAUGAUAUUCUGGGAUAUUUCUGCAGUUUUAUGCAUAUGUGACAUAUUCUUAUGUGUUUUGAUGUAAAUAAAAAAAUCCCACAUAUUG